UGGGUUACACACACACCGCACACCUCCCCCCUCCCGCGGUGGGAUCAUCCCUCCUGGAUCGCAGCCCUGUGCGAUAUUCCAGGGAUCUGCCCUGGGAGGGAUCCGCCCAGCGCCGCCCUUCGGAGAUCAGCUAAGAUCCGCUUAGAGCGGGAUCCGCUUGGAGCAGGAUCAGCUUGGUGCUGGACCACCUGGGAUCUCCCUGGAGCCGGAUCCCCUUGGCGCCGCAGCUCAGGCUGGGGAUGGUGUCUGGGAUUGGCCUGGCAGAGACAAGUGUGCUCCCAGCGCUGGGGAUACCUGCUGGAUCCUGGGGGAUCAGCUCAGAGAGGAAUAAACUUGGGAUGUGGAUCCCUAGAAGGGAUCUGUGCUGGCAUGUGGGAUGUGUGUGCUGCCAUCCUGGAGCUGCCUUGCAGAAGAGUGUCAGGUCAUCUGCUGGCUCUGGAGAUCCCUGCUGGAUCCCUACUGGAUCCCUGCUCAUGGUCCUGUGAGUCUGUCUGUGGAGGGAUCCACUGGUUGCUGAUGCUCAGCCAGCAGGUGUUGGCACUGGGAUCAGCCUCCCGGGACCAUCUGGGGAUUGCCAAGGAGAUCCUGACUGGAUGCCACUGCGAGCUGGUGGGAUCCACAUGGGAUCUACCCCAGCGGGUGGCCAGCAGGGUCCCUGCACGGCCCUGCCUGGCGACACCGAUCCAGCUCCCCAAACCCAACCCAAAGUCGUGGGGGGAUCCCUGUGGGAUCCACUGCUCAGGGACUCUUGGCUUCCCACUUCCGUCUCUCCCACAGGCUCCGCUGGGAUCCGAGGGCUGGCUGGGGGAGCCGCCACCACGCCAGGAUCCGGCCAGCCGGGAGGCCGUGCUGCGGGUGCUGGACGCGGGGCUGGAGCAGUACCUGGCGCUGCACUCGGCCAUGCAGUGCAUCCCUGUGCCCUGGCACAGGAAGCUCUCGGGCAAGGCGGGCAUCGAUGAGGUGAUGGCGGCCGCGGUGCUCACCAGCCUCUCCACCAGCCCACUGGUGCUCGGGCACCCACCGGCCACUCAUGCUCCAGAGCCGGGCGGUGAAAUCUGGAAGGAGGCUCCCGCCAUGUCCUCCAGCUGCAGCAGCAGCAGCAACACCAGCGGGGACUGGAGCUGGGACCCCCCCAGCGACCGCUCCACCCCCUCCACCCCCUCACCCCCCCUCUCCAGCCACGUCCCCGGCACCUUCCUGCCCAAUCCGCUGUCGGAUGAGGGCCCUGAUGAGCCCAAUGGCACCCACUUCAUCUUUGGAGAGCCCAUCCCACGGAAAAGGAAGAACUCCACCAAGGUGAUGUUCAAGUGCUUGUGGAAGAGCUGCGGCAAAGUCCUCAGCAGCUCCUCAGGGAUGCAGAAGCACAUCCGAACUGUGCACCUUGGCCGGAAAGCUGACCCCGAGCAGAGCGAUGGUGAGGAGGAUUUCUACUACACGGAGCUGGACGUGGACGUGGAUGUGCUGACGGACGGGCUCUCCAGCCUGACUCCUGUCUCACCCACCUCCUCGGUGCCUCCCGCCUUUCCUGGCCCCGAGGCUCCGCUGCCGCUGGCACUGCCAAUCCCCGACCUGGCACUGGCCUCCCCCUGCAGCCCCGCGGGCCCCCCCGGCCGCUGCCACGUCCACACGGACCACGCGUACCAGGGCUGCCGGAGCCCCCCACGGCCACCGGUGUCCCCUUCCUCACCCACCCCACCGCCGCCCAAGCCACCCGCCGUCCCCAGGAGGCCGCGGGGCGAUGCCAAGAAGUGCCGCAAGGUGUACGGCAUGGAGCACCGGGAGAUGUGGUGCACGGCGUGCCGCUGGAAGAAGGCCUGCCAGCGCUUCCUCGACUGACGGGGCCCCCCCCCGGCUCCCUCCUUCUUGCACAUUUUGCACUCGAGGUGCCUUCGCGCCCCCCCGGCCGCCCCCCCGGACUCAGGGAACGGCCCCCCGAAAGCUUUAUGCACACACACACACAGCCCCCCUGCCCCCACAGCCAGGGAGCUUCUCCCUCUUCCCCCUCUUUUUCCUUCGAAAAUAAGCUAAAUCCAACCCCGCUCCUGGCAGGUGGGGGCUGGGGGGGGGGGGGUGGCUGGCUGCUCCCAGCCCCCUCCCCACUCUGGUUUGGGGACCCCCCAAAUAAGCUGUGCCUGUGGCCGGUGGGGGCUCGGGAAAGGGGGUGUCUGUUCCUCCCGGGGGGCAGCCCCAGUGCCCAGGGCAGAAGUGGGCGCCUGCCCCCCCUUUUUACCCCCCCAGGGGGUUUUUACUCUUUGUAUUGUCAUUUCUCUCUCUUGUUCCGGGGAGCAGCAGCUCCCUCCGGGGCAUGCCCCGGGAAGUGCCUGCAGGAAUGCGCCCAUUUGCACUAAGCCAAACUGCACAAAGAGGGGUCUUUUUGUUUUCCUUUUUUUUUCUUUUUUUUUUUUUUUUUUCUCCUUCGUGUGGUUUUUAUUUUUUAAAUAAAAUAUACGAAAAUUCGUCAUUUUAACCACUCCCACAGCACGAGAGCGCGCGGGCCGCAGGACGCCUCCAGCCCUGGGUGGGUUUUAAGGGAAUUAAUUCACUUUAAACCCCCCUUUUACCAAAAAAAACCCUUCCCCCCCCCAAACCGUUUCUCCCUUCUUGUCCUGUCACUCUCCAGCCCAGGCAGUGGCUCAGGAUUGGGUUUGGCCAGGCCAUGCCACCCUGCUCCUUUCCCCAUGCAGGGAGGGGACAGGGAGGGCUGGUGGCCCUGCCACCUUCCUGUCCUGUGGGAAGGUUUCCUUGUCCCCUCUGGGGAUGUGAUGCAUCAGAUCUAGAAGGAAAAAAACCCAACCAGUAUUUGGAUUUUCUUUUUGAUGGUUCCUGUUCUUUAGUUACUGUUAAGACAGGCAGGGUGGGCACCCUGGGCCCCUUGGCACCCCCAGACCUGCUGCCACCCCCUCUCCUGCAUCCCCUGGCAAUGGCAUCACCCUGUGCAUCCUCCUGGGAGUUGUUUUAAUUUCAGAUAAAGCCCUAAAAAUAAGGAAAUUUCCACCAACACGCAGCAGGGAGGGGGGGAAUGAGCCACAAGGUGCCUGUUUGGGAUAGAGAUGGGAAAGGGGAAGGGUGAGGGAGCAGCACCCCCAGCCUGAGGGUGAGCAGAGCUCCCUGCUGGGGUGAAGGGAAGUUUUGGGGAGUGAGGACCCCGAUCCCAGCAUCCAGGAGCAGAGGGGGAUGCAGGGCCCUGCAGCACCACAGGGCUGCAGCUGGGUGGUGCCCACGGUCCCCCCAUGUCACCCCAUCCUUAAACACAGGGCAAGGAGGAAAAUAAUAACAACUACGUAUUAAAAGAAAAAAAAAAAAAGAAAACCCAGACAAAAUUGUAGCAGCAAUUUCCCAAUUUAUUGAAACUGAUUGAUUUUUGCAGGUAUGUCUAAGCUAAAUCCCAUCACAAAGGUUCUAUCCGAGGGGUAGCCCCCGGCAGGCAAGGAACCGGGCAGCAACUAGAAAAUAAAAUCAGAUUUACCUGAACUACAUCGACAGAAAAUCAGUACAACACAGCAUGUUCUCCCACUGACUUCUGGUUACGAAAUCUCCUCAACCUCCCCAAAAUAUUAAACACAUCUUCAAUACAAACACAGGUUUAUAAUAAUUAAUAUAAAGUCAGUAUAAUAUAGAAUAUUCCCAGAAAAAAAAAAAAUCAACAAUCUUCAAACACCGUCCUUUUUGUGUUUGUUCAGCUUUAUUUUUGUAGACAGGUUUAAAGCACGUUGAAAAAUAAAUAUAUAUGAAAGCAUACACACAGCACUCUGACUAGGGGGGACUAAAAAAAAAAAAAAAAGGCUGAAAUUCAAAACACAAUUCAGGAUCUACAAAAAUCAAAGGAACCAUUAAUUAUGGCUUUUGUAGGAG